AUACCGGAGUUGAUCGGAGAUCAGCCGAAGCCGAAGUUAACCGCGUCGGUAUCAUGAUGGGUGCUUCAAUGGAAAGCAUUCCAAAAGAUUUAAGGAAUCUUAGGGCUUGCCUUCUGUGUUCCCUCAUCAAAACAUUUGAACAGUUCGAAUUUGAUGGAUGUGAUAACUGUGACGAAUAUCUCCACAUGAAGAACAACAGAGACAUGGUAUACGACUGCACUAGUUCAAAUUUCGAUGGCAUGAUAGCGCUAAUGAGCCCGGAAGACAGCUGGGUGGCUAAAUGGCAACGCAUUAGCCGCAAGGCGAGAGGGGUGUACGCCAUCUCGGUAUCCGGUCGCCUCCCCCCACCGACAGUUCGUGAACUCAAGAGCCGAGGGAUUGCUUACAAGUGCAGAGAUACGAGCACCUCUUGAACGCAUCAUGCGCAUAAAAUGUUCUACCAUAUUGUCACAGUUGUAUAUCUCUAAAUACAUUUUACUCAGCAGC